GGCUGUUUUUGGGCUGUCAGCAGCUGUCCGGCGCUGGGCAUGGAGCGUGUGCGGGGAGCUGGGGCCGUGCUGGCGGUGCUGGUGGUGCUGGGAGCCCCCCCGGCUGCGGGCGAGGAGCUGUCGGGGGUGUUCCAGUUUAUGGCAAAGUCCGAGUGUCACGUCAUCAACAGCACCGAGCGGGUGAGGUACGUGCUGAGGUACAUCUACAACCGGGAGCAGUACAUGCACUUCGACAGCGAUUUGGGGGUCUAUGUGGGGGACACCCCGCGUGGGGAGAACAUUGCCAGGGACUGGAACAGCAACCAGGUAUGGAUGGAGAUCAUGCGGGAUUUUGUGCAAACAUACUGCGGGUACAACUACGAGGUGUCCACUCCGUUCCUGGUGAACCGCAGAGUGCCCCCCAGCGUGUCCAUCUCGCUGGUGCCGUCGAGCUCCCAGCCCGGCCCCGGCCGCCUGCUCUGCUCCGUGAUGGAUUUCUACCCUGCGCCGGUGCAGGUGAGGUGGUUCCAGGAUGGGCAGGAGGUGCUGGAGGAUGUGUUUUCCACCAACGUGGUCCCCAACGGGGACUGGACCUACCAGGUGCUGGUGAUGCUGGAAUCCCCCCCCCGGCGCGGGGUCACCUACAGCUGCCAGGUGGAGCACGUCAGCCUGGAGCACCCCCUCAGCCGGCACCGGGGGUCCUAA